AUGAAAUCGUUCACUUGUAUUGUGGUCGUUACGACCGCAUUGAUUGCCUGUGGUCAGGCGCAUACCUUGCAAAAACGUUCUUUGGGAGCCUUACUAGGAGGAGGAGGCGGCGGCGGUGGUGGCGGUUGGAAUAGUGGCGGUGGCGGCAGCGGCGGCGGCAUUGGCUCUUUGAUCCAACAAAAAUUGGGUGGUUUACUUGGUGGUGGUGGCGGAGGCGGCGGCGGUGGUGGUGGUCAGAGAGGUUGGAGUGGCGGCAGCGGCGGUGGUUGGAAUGGCGGCGGCGGCGGUGGUGGUGGCGGUGGCGGCGGUCACGGCGGCUGGAACGGCGGCGGUGGUGGUUACGGCGGUGGUAAUGGUGGCUGGAGCGGCGGUGGUGGCAACGGCGGCUGGGGCGGCGGUUGGUAA